UGUCAAUUGAAAAGAAUUGCAAGAGAUAAAGAACACUUCCUCUCCUCUCUAUUGCUUCUGUGCGGGUAAGAGAAACUCGCAUUUGUAUCCCCUGUUUCUUCCAUGGGAUACGAGAAUGCAAACCUCACCAUUGAAAAGGAUGUUAAAUUCAUCAAACCUUCAAAACCCACUCCUACCACCAUUCUUUCACUCUCUACCAUCGACAAUUUUCUCUCCCCCAAUUUCUUCACCCAAAGCAUCCAUUUAUAUAGAUCCAUAAAUCACAGUUCCAAACUUGAACCUGCACGUGUGAUCAAAGAGGCCCUCUCAAAGGCUCUGUUUUACUAUUACCCUUUUGCAGGAAAGCUAGUAAGACACGCUGAUGGAAAGCUCAGAGUCCAUUGCACCUCCGAUGGAGUUCCAUUCAUAGAAGCUAUUUGUCACUGCGACCUCUCAUCUCUUAAUUACCUAGACGACAAUGAUGUUGAAAUUGGAAAAAACUUAUCGCUUGAUUUUCCUUCUCACGAUGAAUUUGGUAAUCAAUACCCUUUGGUUUUAAUGAUGACGAAAUUUCUAUGUGGGGGUUUUGCAAUUGUUAUUGGUUCUUCACAUGCCAUUGUUGAUGGGAGUGGGAUGGCUCAGUUCUUACGAGCCGUGGCUGAACUUGCAAGUGGAAAAACCGAGCCUUCUCUGAAACCUGUGUGGGAAAGAGAGAGACUAGUAGGCACAAUAACCAGUGAACCGAUGCAAAGCCCAGUAAGCGACGAGGGCUCUAUUGCCGUUUCACCGUUUAUGCCAACCAUGGAUUUUUCACACGAAUGCUCCAAGAUAGACGGUGACAGCAUAAAUAGACUUAAGACGAGUUUGAAGAUAAACAGCGAAGUAAUUACUAAGAUGACAGCGAAAGGGUUUACCACUUUUGAGUCCCUCACUGCGUACAUUUGGAGGGCAAGAGCAAGAGCCUUGAAACUAAGCUACGAUAGGAAAACUAUGCUAAUUAUCGUAGUUAGUGUGAAACCGCACUUACUUGAUCCUUUGCCUGAGGGGUAUUAUGGGAAUAGCCUUGUGCAGUCAUAUGUUGUGCAAACAGUGAGGGAGCUAAAUGAGAAACCGCUGUUAGAGGUUGUGAAGCUGGUGAGAGAGAGCAUAAGGAAUGCUUUUACCAACGAUUAUAUCAGACACUCGAUCAAUACUAUGGAAACGAAAUCGAUGAAACAUGAUUAUGAGAGUGGGGCUGUAACGGUGGUGACAGAUUGGAGACAUUUGGGUUUCUUCGAAAAGGUUGAUUUUGGGUGGAAGGAGAAGCCAGUGAAUAACAUGCCAGUUCCUUGUGACAUGUAUGGAGCUUUGGGUUUGUGUUCCAUCUUGUCUCCAACUAAUUUGGAUCCUUCAAUGAAUGGAGGAGCGAGGGUUUACACAUCCUUGCCUCGUCUUGCCAUGCCCAAAUUCAAGCAGGAGAUGGACAACCUUAGGCAUAUCGAAAAUGCCUAGGCUAGGAUUUUUCCACCUCGGACAAGUUAAGUGCACAUGUAUUAUUUAUAUGUUUCUGUUCUUUUCCAUUUUUAUUAUGUUUGAGUUAUUGCAUUAUCUGUUGGUUGUGUCUUUUGUUUUCAAUUCCCUGCGAGUCUUAAUAGUUCUGGAAAUGUGUUAAUAAAGCUCCUUCUUUAAAGUGCGAAGAAGAAUAUGUGAUGAACCGCUAUUGACGGUGAGCUGUACCUGCAUUGUUAGAAAAUAAACCAAGUUUAUGAAAAUUCAACAUUACCUAUCAAAUAAUUAUAAAGUUAAGAAAUUCAAGUUGGACACUAAAACUUGACAUGUGAAGAUUCAUAAAAAUCUUAGGAGAUAAGAGAUGGUCAAAUAUUAUGGCACUAAUUAGUAAGUGUUUUAAUUUCAAAUUGAAUUUUGAAUAGCUAAGUUUCUUGUCAAACUUAAAUUUUUAUCAUGAAUACUAAGGAAUUAAGCUAUAUAAUUUUAUGUAUUAUUUUAAUCAUUUAGUUUAGCUAUAUAAAAAGCAUAGCAUGAAUUAUGUAUUGUAUAGUGAAAAAUUGAAUGAAUAAAAUUUUGAGUAUCUGUGAAUCUGUGGUAUCAUGCAUUGAGUAACCAAUAUGUUGAGAUUACGACUAUAGUCCUGCAUGAAAAGUUAAAUUUGUAAAAAACACUACUUUUUAAUUUACUGACUCUACCUUAUAAGACGCUCCCAUGCAGGAAAUGCAUCAUAUAAGAAUACUGGUCUAUUAAAGUAACGGUUAAAUUAAAUUAAGGGUGAGGAUUAUUUUUAGCUUUAAAAAAGUGCACGUAAUCUCAUUGUGAAUGUGUUGCAUUGUAGUAGUAACUAUUUCUAGAAUUUACUGUUGAACAAACAUCCAACCAAGAUCAAUAUAUAAGGAUAAGUCUUAACUGUUAUGCUCUAUUGAUUAAUAUCUGGAAAGCAUAAAAAAAUAUAGAGAUUGAUUUACCUUCAAAUAAAUUUAAAAUAAUUUUACAUUCUUUUUGUUACAACAAAUGAGAUUUACGUUCAAUUAACUCAGCAUGGAACACAUUCAAUCUACUAUGUAAGAUAUGGCAUCACCCUUCAUAACAUAUCCAUUUUGCUUUCAGUGCCAACUAUAAUGAGUAUGUAUUCAGUUCUUCAUAUAAAAUAUGGCAGGUCUAAAACUAGCCCUCAAGAGUAUCCUGGGUAUGGUUCUGUUAUACUACAAUUUAAAUGCAGCAAGAAUCAUCAUCUUCACUGAAAUAGCGCCCCUAGUGAUGAUGCCCUGUGUUCCAAGUGCCAAGAAGCCACAAGAAAAACAUUACACAUGGCAGCUGGUGCUGGUGAUUCUUUCAUAGUUGUCCUCUACUUUUUCUGCUUCUCGACUAACAAAAGAAUUUUCAACAUUGUGAUCAUUUUGGGUUGUUUGAGAAGUUUGAUAUGAGCAUAGUACUUAGGACAACUUGACUGGAGUCUUUUAAGUGAAAUUGUACAUUGCCAACAACUGCAAUUCAACAUUAAAUAAAUUGAGAUGGCAAUAGUACCUCA